AUGUGUGAGCUAAUGAAAUUUGCUGACGACGUAAACCUAAGACCUGCUGUUUCAACAGAAAAGGAUUGGAAUACCUCAUGGAAAGAACUGGUACCUGAAGGAGGCAGUAAGAAAGAGAGAGACUAUUUAGAAGGGCCUGGAGUGUUCAGCCUAGAGAAGUUUCAGGAUGACCUAAUUGUGGCCUUCAAGUACCUGAAGGAGGCACUUGGAGGUGAAAGGGAUGAUGGUGAUGACAAUUCUGGAAGGAAGGUGAUUACCUUCAGUUGUUGCCACUUGCCCCCAUGCCACCAGCUCAAUCACACAAGGCUGCUUGAGUACUUAAAGUAGAUCCUGGACCAGUAUGUGGAGAGUGAUUAUAUGGUUGUCUGCUUUCACUAUGGCUUGAAGACUCUGAGUGAACCAUCUCUGAAGUGGUUACAAACAGCCUACACGGAAUUUCACAGGAAGUAUAAGAAAAACCUUAAAGCACUCUAUGUUCUCCAUCCAACCAACCUCAUAAAAAUUCUAUGGAAUAUCUUUAAACCUCUUAUAAGCCACAAAUUUGGGAAAAAGAUCACCUACAUGAACUAUUUGGAUGAACUGGGACAACAUCUCAAAUAUGACCAGUUAAAUAUCCCUCAAGAAGCCAUCCAGGAUGGACAUGAUGAAAAUCUUUGGAGAAAACAGAAGGGAAAACUUCCUCCUAUGGUUAAGGUUCCUCCACCAUGGCCAACUCUGCCUACCCAGCAAUUUGGAGUCAGCCUGCAAUACAGCAUUGAUGGGAUGCAGAGCCAGACAAGACUACUAGUAGAGAGCCUCUUCAGGAGGUCAGCCAGCAUCCAGACUAUCAAAGAUGUGCAGAAACUCUACAGUCAGGGCAAGUCAGUUAAUUUUGAUGAUUACCAGGAUAUCCUUCCUGAUGUUAUCCUGAAGACUUUCCUUAGGGAAGUCCCUCAGCCAUUGCUAACAUCUGACUGUUGUGAUCCUAUCCUUGAAAUCACCAUUUAAGUUCAUUAGGUUGUGUGGUGCCUGCUUCACUCCUGUGGUAUUCAUGAAUCACAGAAUUAUCAAGGCUGGAAGAGACUUUCAGGAUCAAGUCCCACCAUCA